ACUACGGGCGUGAAUCUGUAGACUGUGGUGGUAUCUUUUCAUCUGAUUUCCCUCUACAAGAACACACUCCUUGGUUUCCUGUUUCGCUCUGUGCCCACUUGUCUCUGUGUUUAUGUUUCCCCCUGCCUGUGGUUUGCCUUAUCAAAGGCUUCUCUCUAAGAGCGAGGAUAUAAAAUAGCAAGCAAAGCUGUUUCUCCGCCUUUGUCUCUCUUUCACAGAAACAGGGGAGAGAAGAAUGUGAAGUCAGGAUGGCCGUUGCAAGCCCGGCGCUGUGUGCUUUCUUCUUCAUUCUUCUUCCUGCCGUUGCUGCUGAAAGUGACCUGGAAGACUAUUCAGGAUCUGGCAGCUGUGCAGAAAGUGAAAUGGACAUGGACUUCACGUGUGUCGUUCGAAUUCCAGCGAUCCAAACAAAUAUCUUGCUUUGCAACAUCACGAAGACUGGGAUGAACCUGAGUGAGGCUAAUGCUCAGUUUACUCUGUAUGGGGGAAAAACCUCCAGAUGCUUAAUGGAGAGCCAGCUGCAAGGCAAAUGUCCUUUGGCAAAUGCUGAACUCCUUAGACCCGUGGAAGUUUGCUUGAGCGUGACGAUGAUACAGCAAUGUGUAGAAUGCCAUACCUUGGAAGCAAGAGAUAUCAUUAAACCCGAAACACCAUUUGACUUAGGAAUUAUCUACGAAGAAGAGGCAGAUGAGUAUUUCGUUAAUUUUUCAACUCCAAACAGUGGAUGGUAUCUUGAUGGACAUCUAACGCAUGAACUAGCAUACCGGCAGCAAAACAAACACUGGACUUCCAGACAGACCGAAUUCCUGUCAUUAAAAUUUCUGGCAAAGGAAUUUGAGCUGGGAACAUAUGAGAUGAAAGCCCGGUCAAAGCCCAAUGGCAAAUAUUACAAGGGCACGUGGAGUGAAUGGAGCUCUUCGAAAUCCUUCGAAACUGCAGCAAAAAAUUAUAAUAGCAACAUUAGAGCAGUGACUGCAUCCAUUUUAUGCUUCUUUGCGCUCUUCGCUGUGAUCGCUCUGAUCCCAAUACUUUGGAAAAACAGAAUAAAGCCUGCUGUGUGGCCCACCCUCCCUAACCACAAGAAAACGUUGGAUAAACUCUGCCACAAACUAAGAAAGAAUUCCGAAGUAAGCUUCUUCAGUCCCGAGAGUUUGGAACACGUCGCCAUCCAUAAGGUGGAUAGCAUUCGGGCCAAGUCAGAACGUUUGCUGCUUGCCUGGGAUUUUGAUGUUCCAGAAAAGAUGGGGAAAGGAGUGGAACAAAAGAACCUGGUUCAUAUCAACCAUGGGUGGCUGAAACUGCCUCUGGCAUAUGAAGGAAUGUGGCCGGUUGAGACGCUGGAUAAGCAUGUGGGCAGAAGACUCCUCGCUCCUGAGGAUGACACAUUAAUCAAUGCCAACCCAUACGAGAAAGGCGGUGUUGACGACCAAGAUGUCGGUAGUGAUGCUCUCCUCAACCAUGUCAGUUCUUCUACACAUCCCGCUGCUAUCCUGCCUGGACCUGAGUCUGAUAACUGUCUUCGAGCUUACGCAGAUGUAACAGUUCCAAAUAAAGAAGAGGCCUAUGUCACAAUGGCGAGUUUUUUCGAAAACAAGGGGAAUUUUCAAAACUAGCAGUUCUGGCACAUGGCAUGAUUGGGCUCUCCAAGUAUCAUUUUUGGGCAUUGACCAGAUCAGUGAGAAGAUUACACCAGCCUUGAAGUUAACCACCAGCCUGGUAGCCAUAGGUGACUCGGAAUUCCGUGCAGUUGAGUGCUCCCUGCAUAGAAUCCAUGGGGGGUGCUUGAGGAAAUAAGUCUUGUCCUCAGUGUCCAGCUUCUGUCAGCCAUCAACAAGCGACUUUUCACAGAAUCAUAGAAUUGCAGAGUUGGAAGGGACCCCGGGGUCAUCUAAUCCAAUCCAGGAAUCCUGCCCUGGGUGGGCUCGAACCUUUUUCCAGGCUAGUAACUUUUGUGGACUUGUUUGCAAGGCUGAAUUACAUGACCUGGUUUUCCAUGCUGGCAUCUCUUGCCCUGACCUGGCUCUGAAGUUUGCUGCUCAGCUUUGUAAUUGACGUGGGUCAGGGACAGGUUCUGGUUUUCUCAUCAUUGUAGCAACACUGGGAAGCUGCACCAGCAGAACCACCGCCUGCUUCAAAGCUCUUGAAUGAAAAAGUACUAUAGGUCAGGUGGGAUCUGAAAAACCUAUAUUUUAGCCUAGCCUCCAGUCUUAGGCAGCAGUGCUUCCGAAUACCAGGAGGGGAAAGUGUU